UUAGUUUUCUGCGGAGACGGCAGUGGGACGUAGCUACUGCUUUGGUGUAACAAUUCACAUUUCAUCCGAAAACAAGGGGCUCCAAGAGGCACAGCAAAGUAGCAGGUCUGACACGCACAAAGCCGCCAUGUCCUCGACAUCCCAAAAACACAAGGAGUUUGUUGCAGAGCCCAUGGGGGAGAAGCCAGUCAUGGCACUGGCCGGAAUCGGGGAGGUGCUGGGUAAGAGACUAGAAGAGAAGGGCUUUGACAAGGCAUAUGUGGUUCUGGGACAGUUCCUCGUACUGAAGAAGGAUGAGGAGCUCUUUCGGGACUGGCUGAAGGACACAUGCGGUGCGAACGUGAAGCAGCAGGGUGACUGCUACGGCUGCCUGCGUGAAUGGUGCGACUCCUUCCUGUAGUGCUGCUGUCCGAACACCAUCAACACCGUGUCUGUUUGGAAUCACUCAAGUGUCCUCAUUGCCUCCCUCUCCUGUACUCACACGUCAAGGUACUACUUAUUAACGCCCCAUCCGCCAUCAUACGCUCACACAGUGCGCUGUGUGUGUGUCAGAACUUUGACUCGCCUGCUAAUCUGUCAACACAGACUGCUGAGUGCAGAUGGCAGUUACUGUUUCAUAGCCCACUGAAAAACAAAAGGUGUAAGAUUACCAGUUCAGUACUUUGGGAUUAGUGGGUAGGUACCCGUUUCGAUUUAAUUCCAUCCUGUGUGCUGUUUGGGUAGAGGGAGGAAAACAUUUCCACUACUGUUUGCAUUUUGUACCACUCAAUUUAGAGAAAUCAAAUCUUUUAACAGGGGUGGUUUAUGAAGAAAGAUAUUUUCAUAUACGAUGACUACAAACACCUCCCCCCUCUCAUGAAUGGGUUGACUCAGUUUUUGAUGUUGUCUCUUACAGAUAGUAUUUAAG